UUUGACUUUACUGGUGAACAGCAAGAACAGCUGCAACUCACCAGCUUGUAUUUUGGGAAAAAAUAAACGAUAGUAUAUACAAGCUUUAUAUCAGGACACAUCCAAUCCCAUAUCUGCUGUAUGGUGAGUUAGACGAUUUCUUUCUGCUGGUAAAAAUUUUAUCUCAAAAUAUGAAGGAAACUAUUCUCACUUCCUCGAUUUGCAGACGGCAUGUGGGUGAAAGCCUCCUCGACCGACUUCUCCACCGUCUGCCCCACAUGUCCAUGAACUUCUUUUAAGUCUUCCGUUACAGGAGGCGCCUGUGAUGCUGUGGGUAUAAAUCUGUGAUAGCGCAAGUUCCUGUCGACAGUUUCCUCCUGACAGGCAGACACACACUAACUAGCUAAAUAAUCGAAAGGAUCCAACAAACAUUAAAAAAAGAAAUCUGUAAGACCAAAGACUCGAGGGCCACCUCAGCAGGCCUGUAAGAGAAGCAUUUCUUCCACCAUGGUCGACAACAUCGUCAGGAGGCCAAUCGGGUUAGUUCUGCUCGCCACAGCUCACAUGGUGCUCAACGGCCCCAGUCAAGCACCGGUCGAGUUCACCGGGACCCUGGGCAGCAGCUUCACCUUCCAUUUUAGAUUUAAUGACACUGUCAUUAAUGAGAACAGUCAUUUUGCAGUUUACAUAACAGGCCAGAAAAAGAUUGCAGAGCACAAGUACAAAGGCAACUUGGGUGUUUUUACCAUUUGCCAAAACACUUCUGUUCUGUACCGCAUUAAAAAGCUUAAACAGAAUGACAGUGAAAUGUAUUGGGUCAGCUUGUUCCCUGAGUCUGGACCCCCCAGAGAAAGUAACAAGGUGCAGCUGUCCGUCCAAGAUGGGAACAGAAGCGUCACAGUUUCUCCACGGCCGAUUAACGCAACAACAACCGAGAACCCAGGAAGCUCCGGUCCCUUUUCCUCUUACCUCGCCCCCGUCCUUGUGGCUCCUGUCGUGCUGCUGGCUGCAGUACUUCCACUGCUGAUCUGGUGUCUAGUGAGAACCAAAGAGAAACAACAACAACCACAACAAAACUCUAAUCCCACAGUGCAGGAAGCAGUUGCUGGGUCCAACACUGGGCCUCCACCCUCACUAAUCUACAGCGUCCUGGACUUUGCCAAAAGACCUCCUGCAGCUUUGGGCAUGAAGCCCAAUGAUACAGAGUACGCCGCUGUCAGCUAUCUCCCAGAUAAUAGAAGAAUGUGACGCACAGAUGAAUGUAAACCUGCUGGUCUUUCUUAGUCUGAGUCUCAGGUUUGUCUGAUGACUCUUUGUAAGCCAAAUGCUGUUAUUGCAAUAAAUUACAAACAGUGGCGUUUUGAGGGGGAAGGAGGGCAGGUGAAGAUUGGUUCUCCUCAGGGGCACAUAUUUUAGAAUUGGCUGAAUAUAUUUUAAUUAUUUUUUUUUUGCCUUGUUUCAUUUUAUUUACGCCAAAUUCCAUCUUUAUUUAAGUCAAGUUGAGCUUGUGAGCUACUCCAAAUUAUGUCAUUUGCCUAAUUCUCCACAAUCCUCCUUCCUGGUUUGGCGGCCUGUUAAAGCUGCAAAGUGAUUUCCCAUCACUCCCUUCGCUUGCCCCCGCUACUGCUGCUGCGUCACAUAUUGCUGCCGAUUGAUUCAGCCCUCCCCCACCCCAGCAGCUCAACAAGGGGUUUAUAAAUAUUUGCUCAUCACUCCCAUUAUGUCUAUGUAAUAAUAUCUGGGGGAGUGAUGAAGUCAGGGCCUGGACGCUAAACACUAACUAUGUUCUGCUGCAAUAAACAUUUCAAGCGUGA